UCGAUCCGUCUGAGCCUGACUAUCUACGCUGCCGGACAGAAGAGCUGCUACAAUGACUGGCCGGGUCCUUGUUGGAGUUAAACGUGUCAUUGACUAUGCAGUCAAGAUCAGAGUUAAACCUGAUCACUCAGGCGUGGUCACAGAUGGCGUUAAACACUCCAUGAACCCCUUCUGUGAGAUUGCUGUGGAGGAGGCUGUGAAGCUGAAGGAGAAGAAGCUCAUUAAGGAGGUGGUUGCGAUCAGCUGCGGUCCUCAACAAGUGCAGGAGACCAUUCGUACUGCCUUGGCUAUGGGUGCUGACCGCGGAAUCCAUGUGGAGGUUUCUGGAAAGGACUAUGAAAAUCUUGGCCCACUUCAGGUCUCAAAGAUUCUUGCUGCCCUAGCUAAGAAAGAGGAGGCUUCGCUGGUAAUCCUGGGAAAACAGGCCAUUGAUGAUGACUGUAACCAGACUGGUCAGAUGACGGCAGCUUUACUGGACUGGCCACAGGGAACCUUCGCUUCAGAGGUGGCAGUGGAAGGAGACAAGGUGAAGAUUGUGAGAGAAAUUGAUGGUGGACUGGAAACCAUUAAGGUCAAUAUGCCAGCAGUGGUGACUGCAGAUCUGCGGCUCAACACUCCCAGAUACGCUACCCUGCCCAACAUUAUGAAAGCCAAGAAGAAGAAGAUUGCCAAUGUGAAGCCUCAGGACCUGGGGGUGGACUUGACGUCACGGGUGGAGGUGGUGCGGGUGGAUGAGCCUCCUCAGAGACAGGCAGGAAUGAAGGUGGAGACGGUGGAUGACCUGGUCGGCAAACUCAAAGAGGCUGGGAGGAUAUAGAGACGGGUGCUGUAGGAAGAACAGGACGGACAUGAACCAUGGGGACAGUUUCCAAGAUGAAAGACAAUGUGGGUGAAACCCUGUGAACAGUCAGUAGUUUCACCAUAACGCACCUGAACCGGACCUGAUGUAGCAAAACCUGCGCCUAUGCUUGUUUGCCUCCCAAUCUUUCUGUAAAUCUGAGAAAUGCUGAGAGAUGCUGUCCCUAAAGGGAGUGUCUCCUGUCCAGGCAGAGGUGGCCUUGCUCUGGAAUCCACUUUAGAUCAUAUUCCUCUAUGUGUGUCAUUUGAUUAGAUUUGAUUAGAAGCUGCAUCCGAUGAUAAUGUACUUCUGAUUACACUACAAAGAAGCCAGUGAUGCACUUCUACAUUAAACCAUAUUUGUAAUUAAGCAUUGAUAUCUUGGCAUUUACCUGACAUAUUUGAGCACCUAUACCACGCAGCGGUCUAUGCCAUUGUAAUGUCCUUUGUCUAGGGGUACGCGGAUUUCCUGGUCUGUAGAAUAAAUGGUCUCACUCUUUACAGUUGUACAAAUUCAUUUUCAUUGUUCAUUAUUCAUUUAAUAAAAAAAAUGUAUCUUAGAGCAGUUCUAACUGGACAGUGUCUCUUAGCAUGAGAUGGGGAGAAGGGAAAUCGAUCAAAUACUUUUUACCGUAAGCGCCUGUACUGAGUUUUUGAUUGUACAGUAUCAAUAACCAUAAUAAUAAAGAUGAUCUCUUUUUCAUAUGUAAAUCCCCAUA